UUGUUCUGCACUACUUUAAUUUUAUCCCCUUUAGAUAUCUGGAAUCUAACUGCGUUUUAGAAUUCACCUUUACUUACAAUGCCACCAUCAGGCAGCGGUCCAGUUGGAUACACCCCCCCAGAUGGAGGCUGGGGGUGGGCAGUGGUUGUUGGAGCUUUCAUUUCCAUCGGCUUCUCUUGUGCAUUUGGCAAAUCUAUUUCUGUAUUUUACAAAGAAAUUGAAGAAAUAUUUAAAGCCAGCACCAGCGAAGUGUCAUGGUUGUCUUCCAUCAUGUUUGCUGUCAUGUAUGCUGGAGUAUAAUGUUGAAGAAAAGUGGUGAUGGUCCUAUCAGCAGUAUCCUGGUGAAUAAAUACGGCAGUCGUCCAGUCAUAAUUAUUGGCGGCUGCUUGUCAGGCUGUGGCUUGAUUGCGGCUUCUUUCUGUAACACCAUGAAGGAACUUUACUGGUGUGUCGGAGUCAUUGUAGGUCUUGGGCUUGCCUUCAACUUGAAUCCAGCUCUGACCAUGAUUGGCAAGUACUUCUAUAAGAGGCGACCACUGGCAAACGGACUGGCCAUGUCAGGCAGUCCUGUGUUCCUCUCUGCCCUGGCCCCCCUCAACCAGACCCUUUUUGCUCACUUUGGCUGGAGAGGAAGCUUCCUAAUUCUUGGGGGCAUCCUACUAAACUGCUGUGUGGCUGGAGCCCUGAUGAGACCAGUAGAGCCCAAGCCAAACACUGCAGGGAAAGAAAGAUCUAAGGAAUCCCAGCAGGAAGCUGGAAGAUCUGACGCGAAAAAGGGGGCAAGUGAUACAAAUACAGAAGUUAAUGGCAGAAAUCCCCCAAAAGAGAAACAAUCAGUUUUUCAAACAGUAAGCAAACUUCUGGACUUAUCCCUGUUCAAGCACAGAGGCUUUUUACUGUACCUCUCUGGGAAUACGGUAAUGGCUUUUGCACUGGCUACACCUUUAGUCUUUCUUAGUAAUUACGCCAAGAGUCAGCAUUACUCUGAUGAGAAGGCUGCCUUCCUUCUUACUAUUCUGGCUUUUGUUGACAUGGUAGCCAGACCUCUUAUGGGAUUUGUAGCCAACACAAACUGUGUAAGACCUCGAAUUCAGUAUUUUUUUGCUGCUUCUAUUAUUGUAUACGGAAUGUGUCAUAUGCUAGUACCUUUCUCCUCCAGCUAUCUUGGGUUUUGUGCCUAUGCGGGAUUCCUUGGAUUUGCUUUUGGGUGGCUUGGCUCCGUAUUGUUUGAAACGCUGAUGGACCUCAUUGGACCCCAGAGGUUCUCCAGUGCUGUGGGAUUGAUGACCAUUGUGGAAUGCUGUCCUAUCCUCCUGGGGCCACCGCUUUUAGGUCGUCUCCAUGACAUAUACAGAGACUACAAAUACACAUACUGGGCAAGUGGCACAAUCCUUAUUGUCUCAGGUAUCUAUCUCUUCAUCGGCAUGGGCAUCAAUUAUCGACUUGAGGCAAAAGAACAGAAGGCAGAGGAGAAUCAGAAAAAGGAGAGCAAAAAGAUGGAACCAAAAGAAGUCACUAAAGCUGCAGAAUCUCCAGAAUCAAAAGGCGUAGAAGGACCCAAAGAGGAGAAACUUUAAGGCUCAAAUCAGGGAUAAACAGAAGCUUUGGACCAAAGAUACCUGAAAAAAGUCUACUGAAUCAUGUCCUAUUGCUGGUGCUUAUCAUGGACAGUUGACAUUUGUGUACAGCUUAUACCAGGUGUUCGCUGAUGGAACUUUCAUUUCCUUCCUUUACAUCAGUCAUAAUAAAUAUGUCACAUCCUUUAGGGGCAGGGGAUUUGCAAAAGGUGACAGGAGGAGAUAGCUUUUAUUUGAAGUCCCAUUUAUUAAGAUAUACUGUACAAAUCUCUUUUAUGAGAGUAAAGUUUAAUGAAUUUUGACAAAGGUAUUUAGUCAAAAAACUACCACUCUACUAUAGAACAUUGUGAACAGCCAAAAUAAUUCCCUUCUGCUCCUUUGCAGUCAGUCCCCUUCCCCUAACUAUAGCCCCUGGCAGCCACUGAUCUAAUUUCUGUUCCCUAUAGUUUUGCAUUUUCCAGAAUGGAAUAAAUGAAAUCAUAUAGUAUGUAGUAUGUGGCAUAAUAAUAUAUAUUUGGUCUUUAUCCCUGGUUCCUGGUAUAUGGUUCCUAGAACCCUUGGAAUCUCUGGGGUGAUAAGAGUGUCUUUUGCAUGCUAAUUAGGUGACUAGUGGCUGGAGACCCCUUUCUUAGCUGCAGGAUAGGAGCUAGUCUCCAAAAAAGACCAAGGAGUGAUUAGACUGUUGGAACAUUCGGUGUCAUCCCCUGACCUCCGGAGAGAGGAGAGAGACUGGAAGUUGAGUUCAAUCACCGAUGUUCAAUGAUCUAAUCAAUCAUGUCUAUGUAACAAAAUCCCCUAAACUACAGAGAGCUUCCUGGUUGGUGAACACUGAGGUGCUGGGAGGGUAGUGCGCCCAGACAGGGCACGGAUGCUCCACACCACUCCUCCCUGCCAUAUUUCGCCCAUGCAUCCUAGACAUCUCUUCCAUCUGGAGGUUCUAAAUUAUAUCCUUGAUAAUAAAUCAGUGAAUGCAAGCAAAGUGUUUCUCUGAGUUCUGUGAUUCACUCUAGCAAAUCAUCAAACUUGAAGAUGGAGUCAUGGGAACUCCUAGUCUAUAGCUGGUUGGUCAGAAGUACAGGUGGCAACCUGGGACUUGAGACUGGAUACUGAAGUGAGGGCAGUCUUGUGAGACUAAGCCUUUAAACCUGUGGGAUCUGACACUAACUCUGGGUACUUUGUGUUAGAAUUGAAUUAAAUUGUAGGACACCCAGUGGCUGGAGAGUUGGAGAAGUGGUUGUUGGUGUGCAGAAACUCCCACACAUUUGGUGGCAGGAGUGUUAUGAGUAAAAACGGUGGGGACUGGCCUUCUGUGUCUGGUUUCCUUCACAGAGCAGAAUGUUUUAUGAUCCAUCCAUGCUGUUGCAUUUUUAGCAGUUUAUUGCUUUUUAUUGCUGAGGAGUAUUUCUUGUGUAGAUGUACCAUAAUUUGUAUAUCCAUCUACCAGUUGGACACUUGAGUUGUUUCAACUUUUUGGCUGUUAUGAGUAAAGAUGCUGUGAACAUUCACACAGAGAUGUGUGCAGACAUAUGCUUCAUUUCUCCUGGGCAAAUGCCUAGAAUUGGAAUUCUGGGUCAUAUGGCAAGUGUGUAAGAAACCGUCAAACUGUUUUCUCAGUGGGUGUACUGUGUGCUCAUCCCACCAGCGAGAUGAGAAUUCUAACUGUUCCACAUCCUUGUCAGCAACAGGCAUUGCCACUCUUCUUAACUUGCCCGUUCCAGGAGGUGUGUAGUCUGUGACAUUUCCCUGAACACUAAUGAUGUUGACCACUUUUUUUUCCUGUGCUUCUCAUCUGUAUAUUUUUAUAGAAGGUUUAUUUUUUAACCCUGACCUUUAACAGUCUUAAAAAUAUUUAAGUGCCUGGAGUUUUUGUCUUUCAAACUCUUUGGGUGACUUUUCCUGGCAUAGCUGACGGUGAAAUAAACAAUAUACUUGAAACUUCCUAAACAUCUGGCAGUGUAUUUAAAUAGAUGGUUAUGAAGUCUAAUAGCAUGGAAAGAUCUUGUAAUAAGCAUGAUACAAUGUUAAGUGACAAAAGCAGAACACAAACUAGGUAAAUGUAUAUAAUGCACUCUCGGGGGAAAAAAGAGGAAAAAGACAUGCACAAAAUUCCAACCAUAUUUGCGUUGGAAUGGUGACUUUUUCCCUAUAUUCAUUUUCCUUAAUAUGAAUGUGGCUGCUUUUCACUAAUAACAGAGGAAAAAUGAAUAGAUUUGAAAUAGAAGAGUUCUGACAAGAGGAACUUAA